AUGAGCUGCAUAAUCAUUCAUGUCUCAUACCAAGGUGGAAAUGAAAUGCUCAAUACUUGGAUUCGGUCACUGACUUGCUUGAAACUCGUGAAAGUUCUCACUCUUAGAUGCCAUUCUGGUACUUAUGAUCGAAAGUUCGAAACUUCUAACUUUCCCCUGAACUCCUUCUCCCAUCCGAGCCUUAUGUCACUCUCGCUACAUUCAUACAGUCUCGAAAGCUCACAUCUCUUGAGAAACUGCUCGAAUCUCAGGACCCUCAAACUUUUAUCAAUCGUCGCUCCCGAGAUUGGAGUCUUUAACAGGGUACUCGCAUCUUGCCCUUGUCUGGAGGUGCUUGUACUACAUAUCAUUUGCGUCAGCAAAAGUAUGGUUCCUUUGAAGAUUGAGAACAACAAAUUAAAGCUCUUGCAAGUGUCGUCUAUGGAACUCAUUGAUGGCAUUAGUGUGUCAACAACUAGUCUAGAUAUUCUCACCAUCAUAGAUAUCUGCUGUGGGAGAGAUGGCCUUUCCCUCCAGUCUCCCCAACUCCAGUUUAAUAGAAACUUUUGGGUUGCAGGGGCUUACGUGCCUCAUAUCAGCUACAACAUAUCAGGGGAAAAGAGCAUUGGGAAUGAAGAAUUUGUGAACAACAUAUAUGAAGUUGAGAGGUUACGACAAGUCUUAGGUUUAUAGACUCAUAAAAUGCUCGAGCUUGAGAUCAUAUUCAAGGAUAACAAUGGUCCAACGGAAGAAAAUGAGUCUUGGCAAAAAAAGUUGUGGGAGGAGAACAAUAACAAAGAUCCGUUCCCCAAUGCUAAAUUCCACGUAGAUACUCUGUGGAUGUAUAACUUCAGCGGCUCAGAGGAAGAGUUUGCCUUGGUGUCGUGUUUCAUAAGGCAAGGGACCGUGGUAGAAAAGUUGAUGAUCAAGACGUCAUCCUUUCCUGCAAGGAAGAAGUUAAAGAUAGAAGCUACAGUGGCCAAGCUACAUGCACUUCAAACGAAGCUUACCAUCGAAUGUUUCUAAGCGAAUUUAAUUGGUUCUUAAGUUGAAAUCUUUUCAAUCUAAA